AUGAACGAGUUGUUGGCGAUUAUCAUAAUCGUCGUGAUAUGUUGCGCCGUCUUCUGUGCCUGGCUUCUCUCCAUGGCCACAUGUCCGGACAAAAUGGUCGAUUGGCUGAAUGGCACUAGCAGGUAAGAAACCAGUCCUUUGUGAUGAAAUUCGAGUUUAGUAAUUCGACAUGCUCAACGUCGUACGAAAGCAAGGAGCUGAUUAAUAAAAACGAUGACAACGGUCACGAUAACAACGCGGCUCGCUGUGCAGCCGAAACCUCCAGCUUCUAUUUACAGCUGGGCCAAGGGAAAGGAAAUCCCAAGAAGUUGAGCGUUGUUCCAGAACAAGAUGAACAAGUAAGCAGAUCAUGAUAACUAGUUUGUAAAAAAUUAAAGCUGUCAGCACAAAACAAUGACUUCUUUUUCUACCUUAUCUUAAAAUACUACUUAUUUUUACUGCAAACAAACUUGAAAUUAGAUAUUCCCUUUGUACAGUACUAAUAUUUUUGAAACAAUAUAAUUUUACACAACGUAACACUUUUUAGCUCACUGUCACUUCCAUUUCUCAAAUACUUUACCCUUCAAUCCACAAACAAGAGGACACUAACAAGACAAACGUCCAAAACUGCUUUAGUCCAGACGAACUGGAAUCCGUCGUUGUGAUUGAAGACGGCCACACUGAUGCGGCCGGCAUCUCCAACCUCCCAGUUCGUUAUCAUUACAGCGCGCCAGCCAUUCACGUGGCCUGA